AGAUUUGCGUGAUUCCUCGGGUAUGAACGCGGCUCGGUGGAUUCCGCUGCAUUAGGGUUUGCUCCGUCGAUCGAUGUCAAUUGGCGCCGUGGGGAAACGUCCGUGCAUGUUUGUGUGAGCUUGUUGACUGGAUUGACCAAGGUUGGAUAAUUUAAGUGAGGGAUUUGUGAAGGAGGCGGAGGAAUGGAGUAAGCUAUGAGCUCCACGGACAUGGCGGGACGAAUUGCUCUGUUCGAUGUGCAUUGCCAUUUGCAGGAUCCCCGCAUCUUGCAAAAGGCGCCGGAGAUUAUCAGAACUGCCGCAGAGAAAGGCGUGAAAUGGAUGGCCGUAAAUGGAACGUCGGAAGAAGAUUGGCAAACUGUGAAGCAGAUGGGGGAGGAAUAUCCGUGUGUCGUACCUUGCUACGGGUUGCAUCCGUGGUACGUGAAUGAGAGGUCUACAGAUUGGCUGUCGAAGCUGAAAUCCAUACUCGAGAACGAGCCUACAGCGGCUGUGGGCGAAGUGGGACUUUGCCAGAGCAAUAGGGGCAAGCAGGUGGAUCAAAAUUUGCAAGUGGAGGUUCUUAAGCAACAGCUGCACCUCGCAAGAGAGCUCAAGAGACCAGUCGCCGUGCACUGCGUCCGCGCCUUCACUCCUCUUCUUCAAGUGCUAGAAGAGAUGGGAAGUUUUCCAGAGGGCCUCAUUAUGCAUUCCUUCAUGGGUAAUCAGGAGCAAGUAAAGCAGCUGGCGAAGUUUGGCGCCUACUUUUCAUUUUCUGGCUUCUCCACGUCUCUUAAGCGUCAGAAAGCGAAACAGACAUGGCGUGCAGUUCCCUUAGACAAGCUGCUACUGGAGACGGAUUGUCCUGAUGCGCUGCCUCAGUUGGAAUCGAACUCCCUUGUCUGGGUUGCGGGGGAUCCAGAUGCUCCUGCUUCACAGUCCAAGUGUUGUGAAGGCAAGGGCGAGGGCGGUGCAGAUAUUGAAGCUUCGUCCGAAGUUGGGAAGGGAGCACUCAACCAGCCUGCAAAUGUUCGACCUCUUCUUACUCAUGUUGCAUCGUUGCUUGAAAUUCCUGAAAUGGAGUUAGCAGAGAAGGCCUUCAGAAACUCCGUGCACUUGUUCUCAUAUCCAGGGUCGAAGGUUCGGUGUUGAUUUUCUUGCAAUUUUGUGCUUGGUCGGUCAAGUAGGCACGUCCAUAUAAAGGCCAACAAUUCAUGUGUCAUGUGACUGAUGAUACGCAUUUGCUAUCAUGGGCACUCAACAUGUGGUAAGCAAUCUCUGUGGACUUGAUUUUUUUCCAUGGAAACUGUCAAAGCAUUUCAGAUCUCUAUGAGUCUUUCAGAAA